AUGUACUAUUGAUUAUAAGACCCCACAUUUCCCUUCUUUCAUUUACCAAUUGUACAUAACAAACUCAGAAGAAGUGUAACAAACUUCCUCAAUAGCAAAAGCUAGCUAUAGAGAUGGUGUUUGCUACCGGUGGUGGUGGUGGCGGUGGUGGUGCCAACAUGAAAUCCCUAACCCUACAAAUCCUCAACGGCCGGUGGUUCAUGGUGUUUGCCUCCUUCCUCAUCAUGUCCGCGGCCGGUGCAACCUACAUGUUUAGCCUCUACUCCCAAGACAUCAAAGACGCCCUUGGCUAUGACCAAACCACCCUAAACCUCCUCAGCUUCUUCAAGGACCUCGGGGCCAACGUCGGAGUCCUCUCCGGCCUCAUCAACGAGGUCACUCCGCCGUGGGUGGUCCUCUCCAUCGGCGCGGUCCUCAACUUCUUCGGCUACUUCAUGAUCUGGCUCGCCGUCACCAAAAAAAUCGCCACCCCACACGUCUGGCACAUGUGUCUCUACAUCUGCAUCGGAGCCAAUUCGCAGUCCUUCGCCAACACCGGAGCUCUUGUCACCUGUGUCAAGAACUUCCCGGAGAGCCGGGGCGUCGUGUUGGGGCUUCUCAAGGGUUUUGUUGGCCUGAGUGGAGCUAUCAUCACACAAAUAUACCAUGCAGUGUACGGGGACGAUUCGAAGUCUCUCAUUCUGCUCAUAGGGUGGCUCCCGGCUGUUAUAUCCAUGGCAUUUCUCCGAACAAUCCGAAUCAUGAAGGUGGUUCGACAGGCGAACGAGCUCAAAGUGUUCUAUAGAUUCCUCUAUUUAUCACUAGGGCUUGCAGGGUUUUUAAUGGUGAUCAUCAUACUCCAAAAGAGGCUUCAAUUCACGCGAAGCGAGUACGGUGUUAGUGCUGUCAUGGUCAUCCUCUUGCUCAUUCUUCCACUUGCUGUUGUUGUCAAUGAAGAAUACAAUCUUUGGAAGGUCAAGAAACAGCCCAUGAAUGAGGUCAAAAUCAUUACAGAGAAGCCGAAUCCGGACACCCCUUUACCACCACCACCACCACCACCACCUGCAUCCACCAUGGCCACCGGACUCCCCACCUCGAACAACCAACAUGUUUCUUGCUUCCAAAACGUGUUCCGGCCACCGGACAGAGGCGACGACUACACUAUCCUCCAAGCCCUCUUCAGCAUAGACAUGAUGAUCCUAUUUUUGGCGACCAUUUGCGGAGUGGGAGGGACAUUGACGGCCAUAGACAACUUGGGGCAGAUUGGGACCUCACUCAGCUACCCAAAACGGAGCAUUAGUACCUUUGUAUCCCUAGUGAGCAUAUGGAAUUACCUAGGCCGGGUUGUGGCCGGUUUCAUGUCCGAAAUCUUCUUAAAAAAGUACAAAUUCCCUAGGCCUCUCAUGCUCACUCUCACACUAGUAUUAUCAUGUGUGGGGCAUCUUCUCAUUGCCUUUGGUGUCCCCAAUUCUCUCUACGUCGCGUCGAUAAUCAUCGGGUUUUGCUUCGGUGCUCAAUGGCCAUUGCUGUUCGCUAUCAUUUCUGAGAUCUUUGGCCUUAAGUACUACUCCACACUGUACAAUUUCGGGUCAGUGGCUAGUCCAAUUGGGUCAUAUUUGCUCAAUGUGAAGGUCGCUGGUCACUUGUAUGAUAAGGAGGCUGAGAGGCAAAUGAAGGCUCUAGGGCUUAAAAGGAAGUCUGGUGAGGACUUGGAUUGCACUGGGGUGGACUGCUUCAAACUGGCUUUCAUUAUAAUUACCGCGGUGACGGCGUUCGGGGCAUUUGUUUCCCUCAUUUUGGUGAUUAGGACUAGGAAGUUUUACAAGAGUGAUAUUUACAAGAAGUUCCGGGAGGAGGCGGAGGCGGCGGAGAUGGAAAUGGCAGCGGCCGGAAACGGCGUCGGACCGGCGGGGACGAGAGGAGGUUGAAGAUUGGUGGAUUGUAAUGUUUAGGGUUAGGUUGAUGGAUACUUAUACGACUCAAAAAGUUAAAAAAAAAAGGUUAGAUUCAUAACCAAUAGAUAUUCAUGUGAGUUUUACAUUGUUCCAGAAACACACAGACAGAUGGUGUGUGUGGGAUCUACCUCUACUUGUACUUUAAAAGGCAUUUCAGUAUAAAUAUGUAGAAGAAACAUGGGAGGUUGUACGGUGGUUUGUAAUGUUUUUGUGUUUCACUGAUAUGCUAUUCAAACUUAAUAAUUUAGUCGAGAAUCUUAAUCUCUA